AAAACUUUUCAGGCGGCCCUGGCUUCACUCACGCCCAUUACAGUGUAGGGGAAAACCUUGGGUGCGAUCAUGGCGAACCCCUUUCGUCUAAACCUGGAACAGCCCAAGAGAAACGUGUUCGUCACACAGCUUGGAGAAAGGGAAGAUGAAGAGCUGGAAGAUGACAUCCACAAGUAUCCAGUCGUCAAGGAGUCUGCAGGGCGACUCCUGGAGAACGGGUUCCGAACCCUGCAGAAGACCCUGCUGCUGAAGAAGGAGGUUGAGGUGGAGCGAGUGGACGAGGAGCUCAGCGCCAAGCGGGCGGAGUUCCACAAGCGGAUGGAGGCGUGCAAGCAGCGGCAGCUGGAGCUGCAGAACAAGCAGCAGAAGAUCAAGGACCGGGUCCAGAAGUUUGAGAAGUUCAUCACGGAGAACGACGCCAAGCGGAGGCGAGCCAUCCAGAAGUACCAGACGGAGCUGAAGCUGAACGAACAGAAGGCCAACGAACAGCAGAUGCUGGAGGAGCAGCUGGAACAGCUGAAAAUCAGACACAACAAACUCCAGAACAGACUGCAGCAGUAUAAGAAGUUUGAGGCCUACUUACUGAGAGUGAUCGACAACAUGCCAGAAGGCUACCUGGAGGUGGGAGACUCUAUGAUCAAUGCCACCAUGAUGAGGUACGACACCCUCCACAACACCAACAUGGACCUGUCCAGGCGGGUCAGCAGGCUUAUGGACCAGAGUGAAGAGGGAAACCAGAGACUGCAGAGGCUCAAGCAUGAACAUGAACACAAGAAAGUGCAAAUCAACAAAGACUUGUCGGAGCUACAAGCCACACAGGAGAAAACCAUGGAUAUGAACAAGAAAAUGGAACAGGACCUACAGGCAAAGAGCAAGGAUUACGUUGUACAGAGCACUGACCUGGCCCAGAUCCUGCUUGCAGUGGACAACAUAUCAGAGAAGUGCUUGAAAAGACGGACGACUCCCUUGGACGAGUUGUCCUACCUGCAGAAACUACAGAUGAUCAAGGACAGCAUCUUGGAAAGAAUAGCUGUAGAGGAACUUGCCAAGACAAUAGAGGUGCCAAAGGAGUUGCAGGUUGUGCAUAAACCGGAGCCUGAGAAGGCCAAGAAAGUCAAGUCCCCUACCAGGUCGCCUCAGCACACCGCAAAGGAUCCUCCCAAGUCUCUGGCCGCGCUGAAGUGGCACGCAGGGAAGUCUCGGGCGUUGGAAACCAUCCAGGAGAAACUCAUGAUGAAGAAGAAGAUGGGGGAUCAUCCGGUGGAAAUGGCACUCAGUGCAUUCGCCAUGAAAAAAUAGUCGAGACAUUUUGACCUGAAAAUGUGGCUUCUAAAUGCAGAGGAUAGCAAGGGGCAGAGACAUGUAUGAAUCAAAUACUUGUCUGAACUGAAAUAUGAACCUUGAUAGAAGUUCACUGGUACAUGCAUUGUGUUUACCUCCACCAUUGUAUCAAUUGGUUAAAGGUGACAUUUCUGUGCCAAGUGCAAAACCAGAGAAGGUACCAUUUUUCUACUUUCACAAAAAGCAGUCUCAAAAUCUCAUUUGACAACUUUUAGAGUUACAUCGGCAACUAAAUGCUAUGUUAAAACAUUGAUGCAAAUAUACUUACAUUCUGUUGGUAGAACAUUGGGCAAGCACAAACCAUCAAGUGUUGGGAUCAGGAAAUAUAUAUGAAGCCAUGUUUGUGAGGCAUAUAAAUUCCCUACUUAGUAGCUGGAGGAUAUACAUAUAUGGCAGCUAUUAGCCAUAGAACUUGUAAAUACAUGUACAAAAAUGUUGUGGAACAUUACAGAUACUUGCCGCAAAGUAUAUGAAUGUUGUAAGUUUGUAAAUAAAAAUGCCUUGUUGUCAGCAAAGAUAAAUUGUCUGGCUUCUAUGGAAGAAAAAAACACUGAUACAUGGUUAUCAAAAACGAUGGUGGUAUUGUUUA